UCUAUAUAAAGAUGUUGAGGCCUCAGUCGAAUGCAAACUGUAACUCCAAUGGAGCCGGACGUCAGCAUCGAGGGCGGGUGUAUGAUCCGGGUGGCGGUGCUGCCAAUCGGCCUCGUGCCGAAGGCGCGACUCCGUGAUUAUGCGGCAAUGCUCUCUCGCCACCAGCGCGUGGAGCUCUCGGCCAUCAGCUCAUUCUACACAGAGCACCAGAAGAGCCCCUUCACUCACCAGCCCUGGGAUUCCGGCAGCCUCCGCUUCCGCUUCCUCCUUGGCGGAACCCAGACCAGCCCUUGGGACGACUUUCAGUCUUGCCGCAAGAUCCUCGCUGUUAUCGGCCUCUGCCACCUUCCUUCCCUUCCCGACCUCGACGUCGUGGCCGACCAGUUUGCUUCCGCCUCCCGCCCCUACUCCUCCUCUCUCGUCCAGCGCUGCUUCGCCUUCUGCCCCAACGACGCCCAGUUGGAGGAUGGUAGUAAAAGGGGAGGCAGCAUAGUGUUGUUCCCACCUUCUGAUCGGCACACUCAAGAGUUUCACUUGCAGACGAUGAUGCAAGAUAUUGCUGCCUCGCUAUUGAUGGAAUUUGAAAAAUGGGUUCUUCGUGCAGAAUCUGCUGGAACCAUUGUGAAGACACCUCUAGAUUCUCAAGCUAGCCUGAUCUCAGAGGAGGUGAUAAAGGCUAAAAAAAGGCGGCUUGGGCGAGCUCAAAAGACAGUAGGGGAUUACUGCCUGUUGGCUGGCUCUCCAGUUGAUGCAAAUGCACACUACUCUACUGCAAUUGAACUUGCAAGGUUGACAGGGGAUGUUUUUUGGCAUGCUGGUGCUGUGGAGGGCAGUGUAUGUGCCUUGUUGAUAGAUCGGAUGGGCCAAAAGGAUCAAGUCCUAGAGGAUGAGGUGAAAUACCGUUAUUAUGAUGUGAUCCAACUUUACAGAAGAUCCUUUAUACAAGAUAAUGCCCAAAGAGUUUCAACUGUUAGCUUUGAAUUGGAGGCUACACUAAAAUUGGCUAGGUUUCUUUGCCGGCGAGAAUUGGCGAAAGAAGUUGUUGACUUGUUAACAAAUGCUGCUGAUGGUGCAAAAUCGCUAAUUGAUGCAAGCGAUCGUUUAAUCUUGUAUGUUGAGAUAGCACGUUUAUUUGGAACCCUUGGCUAUGCUCGCAAAGCUGCAUUUUUCUCGAGACAGGUUGCUCAGUUGUAUUUGCAGCAAGACAAUUCUUUGGCUGCUAGUAGUGCUUUACAAGUGUUGGCAAUGACAUCAAAAGCAUAUCGUGUGCAAAGUAAAGGAUCCAGCUCAGUAUAUUCUCAUUCAUCUUCAAAGGUAAAAGAGCUACAGUCUUGCAAUUCUGAAAGUGGAAGGAACCAUUCUCAAUCAGUAGUUGCAUUGUUCGAAUCACACUGGAGUACCAUCCAAAUGGUUGUUCUUAGAGAGAUAUUGCUGUCUUCUGUUCGUGCUGGCGAUCCUCUUGCUGCAUGGAGUGCAGCAGCUCGCCUUCUUAGAUCUUAUUAUCCCCUUAUCACUCCUGCUGGCCAAAGUGGCCUUGCUAGUGCACUUGCAAAUUCAGCAGAGAGAAUCCCCUCAGGAACUCGGUGUGCUGAUCCUGCUCUUCCAUUUAUCAGGUUACAUUCCUUUCCAUUACAUCCUUCACAAAUGGAUAUUGUAAAGAGAAAUCCAGCAAAAGAGGAAUGGUGGAUGGGAUCUGCUCCUACUGGUCCUUUUAUCUACACACCUUUCAGCAAAGGAGAGCCAAGUGAUGGAAAUAAGCAGGAGCUGACUUGGAUAGUUGGGGAACCAGUUCAAGUUUUGGUGGAGUUGGCAAAUCCGUGUGCUUUUGACUUAACUGUUGAUAGCAUAUACCUUUCAGUUCACUCUGGAAAUUUCAAUGCUUUCCCCACGAGUGUUUGUCUUGCCCCUAACUCAGCCAAGACUAUAUCAUUAUCUGGUGUUCCAACUUCAGUUGGUCCAUUGACAGUUCCAGGAUGCAUAGUACAUUGUUUUGGUGUAAUAACUGAGCACCUUUUCAAAGAUGUUGAGAACUUGUUACUUGGAGCCACACAGGGCCUGGUACUUUCAGAUCCUUUUCGCAGCUGUGGAUCAUCAAAGUUCCGGAAAAUUUUGACACCAAAUAUUUCUGUGCUACCUCCCUUGCCACUACUUGGCUCUCAUGUUGUUGGAGGUGGCGAUGCUGCCAUGUUGUAUGAAGGUGAAAUUCGUGAUGUUUCUAUAAACAUAGCAAAUGCUGGGACUGUUCCUGUUGAAGAGGCACAUAUCUCUUUCUCUGGUAGAAAUCAAGAUUCUAUUUUGUCAGUUGCACGUGAAAUUCUAAAGUCUGCUCUCCCUCUGAAGCCUGGUGCAGAAGUCACAAUUCCUGUGACAAUAAAAGCUUGGCAACUUAGUUUACUGGAUUCUGAUAACGUUAUCAACAGAAAUACAUCUGGAAGCAGUGGGAGAAUUUCCAAAGAAGGAAGUAGUCCCCUGUUAAUUAUUCAUUAUGCAGGACCACGAGAAGCUGUAGAUGUAGGUCCAAACAGUGAGCAUGUCCUUCCUCCUGGUAGACGCCUUGUUGUUCCACUAAAUAUAUGUGUUUUACAAGGAUUAUGUCUUGUUAAGGCUCGUUUACUGUCUAUGGAAAUUCCUGCUCGUGUAACAGAAACAAUUCCUGCACCUUCUCAGGAAGAGCAAGUCAAUGAUGGUAAUGAGUCAAGAGGUAGAACUGGCAGCUUGGUCAAGAUUGAUCCCUAUAGGGGAAGCUGGGGUCUUCGUCUUCUUGAGCUUGAGUUGUCUAAUCCAACAGAUGUUGUGUUUGAUGUCAGUGUGUGUGUCCAGCUAGAAGGACACAAAGGGAGCAUGAAUGGGCGAGCCUUGGAGUUAAAUGACAAUGAAAAUGCUGACUUUGAUUAUCAUAGGACUCGAAUAGACAGGGAUUACUCAGCCCGGGUGCUAAUACCACUUGAACAUUUCAAACUACCUGUUCUGGAUGGAUCAUUUUUUGGAAAACAGCCUCGUCAAGGAGAGGGCAACAGGAGUCCAGCAAUUACAGAAAAGCAUAUGAAAGCUGAGCUAAAUGCAUCUAUCAAGAACCUAACUUCAAGAAUAAAAGUGAGAUGGCAUUCUGGACGGAAUAGUUUUGGAGAAAUGAACAUUAAAGAUGCAAUCCAGGCAGCAUUGCAGACUUCUGUUAUGGAUAUCUUGCUACCUGACCCUUUGACAUUUGGUUUUCGGAUUUCUGCCAAAGAACGUUUCUUUGCUGAUAUUGAUGACCACAGUCCUGUUGGCAAUUCUGUGGAGACCAUCAUUACAAGUAAUGCAAGUCCCAAAAGUUCCAUAUUGACGCAUCGUAUGACUCCUAUGGAACUUCUUGUUCGCAAUAACACAAAGGAGGUCAUCAAUAUGAAACUCAGCAUCAGUUGCAGAGAUGUAGCUGGAGCAAAUUGCUUUGAGGGAAACAAGAUAACGGUCCUUUGGGCUGGUGUGUUGUCCGCAAUCUGCUUGGAGGUUCCCCCACUUCAAGAGAUAGCUCAUUCAUUUUCCUUGUAUUUCCUCGUGCCUGGUGAGUACACGUUACUGGGUGCUGCUGUAAUUGAUGAAACGAACGAGAUCCUCAGAGCACGUGCCAGGACGGACUCGCCUGAUGAACCCAUAUUCUGUAGCGGUGCACCAUUCCAUGUGCGCGUUGGCGGGACAACCUAAAGCAGUUAGGGACCUCCGCUCUUGUGCUUUCCAUUUGUUAAACCCUUAAUUUCUCUCCUUCCUCCUCCUUUUUGAUGUUGUAAAAGCCAGUGCUUCCCAUGGCACCAAUUGUAUGAUUCAUUUAGAGGUAUCCUUUUCUUUCACAAUUCUUUUCCUCCUUUUUUUUAGUGUAAGUUCUUUGUAAGAUAUAGGUUUUUCAUAAGCUGGACGCUGAUUGUACACGAAUAUAUGAGGAUGAAAAUUGAAAAAAACGGCCCUUAUAUUUUCCAUCUGGAUUGGAGAUGCAAUCCAUACAGUUGCUAUUUU